AUGAACAAUGGUAGUAAUGUGAAAAUGACAAACACAAAGACUAUUCUUCAUGAUCUUUAUGAGAAACAAAGACAGAGUCCUUACUAUGAUAAUCUCUGUCGACCCGUUUCAGAUUUGAUUCCAUUCGUCACUUCUGGAAUCAGAGGUGUUACUACCAACCCUGCGAUAUUUGAAAAAGCUAUAUCAUCAUCAAAUGCUUACAAUCGACAGCUGAGGGAUUUGGUAGAGGCAGGAAAAGACAUAGAAAGUGCCUACUGGGAAUUGGUUGUAAAAGACAUACAUGAUACUUGCAAACUCUUGGAACCAAUUCACAUUGAAUCUGAGGGUGUAGAUGGCUAUGUAUCUGUUGCAGUUUCUCCCAAGCUUGCAAAUGAUACCAAAGGAACAAUUGAAGCAGCAAAAUGGCUUCAUAAAAUGGUUGCAUGUCCAAAUGUUUAUGUUAAAAUUCCUGCAAUUGAUGAAUCCAUUCCUUCGAUAAAGGAAGUUAUUUCUCUUGGAAUAAGUGUAAAUGUCACUCUGAUAUUCUCUCUCCCUAGAUAUGAAGCAGUUAUUAAUGCUUACUUGGAUGGUCUUGAGGCUUCUGGUAUGAAUGAUCUGUCUAAGGUUUCAAGCGCAGCAGCUUUCUACAUCAGUAGAGUGGAUGUUGCAAUUGACAAGAAACUUGACGAGAUUGGUACUGCUGAGGCUCUUGAUCUCACAGGAAAGGCCGCAGUUUCUCAAGCAGUGUUAGCAUAUCAGCUUUACCAGAAAAUGUUUUCGGGUCCAAGAUGGGAGCUCUUGGAGAAGAGAGGUGCCAAGAAGCAAAGAUUGAUGUGGGCAUCAACCAAUGUGAAAAAUUCAUCUUACCCCGAUACUUUUUAUGUUAAUUCUCUUAUUGGACCAGACACGAUUUCAACCAUACCACCAGACCCUGCUCUUAAAGCAUUCAUGGACCAUGGUAUUCUUUCAAGAACCAUUGAUGCAAAAGUAUCAGAGGCUGAAAGCAUUUAUAAUGCAAUUGAGACGCUGGGGAUUGAUUGGAGUUGUGUUGGAUCAGAACUUGAAAACGAGGUGCUGGAUUCUUUCAAAAGAAGCUUUGAAAAUGUGAUUGAAUGCUUGGGAAAGAAGGCAAGAAGGCAAGUGGUAGAUGGAUAG